AUGUUCAAAAAGGACAUCUCCCCCGCGCCCAAGCAGAAGCUCAAGUCGUCCGUCCAGCGAUCCCUCCGCCAGUCCCUGCUGGCCACGUACCCCCUGCUGACGCCGCACAUCGACGAGAUCCUGCCCAAGAAGGCGUCCCUGUCGAGCAUGAAGCUGCCCGACCGCAACACCCUGUACGUCGUGGACGCGGAGCCCCUCUUCUACCAGCAGGACACGGCGGCGCUGCUCCCCCACCUGCGCCUCGUGCACAAGUUCCCGCACGGCUUCCCGACGAUCCGCAUCGACCGCGGGGCCAUCCGCUUCGUGCUGUCGGGCGCGACCCUCAUGGCCCCCGGGCUGACGUCCCCGGGCGGCAGGCUGCCCGCCGAGGGGGCGGCCGCGCGCCUCGACGAGGGCGCCGAGAUGGACCAGCGGGCCGACGCGGACGGCCGCUGGAGCAGGGAGCUGCAGCGGGGGGAGCCGGUGGUGAUUGUGGCCGAGGGCAAGGAGGAGGCCUGCGCCGUGGGCCUGCUGCUCACGGGGACGGAGGAGGUCAAGGCCAAGGGCAAGGGGCCGGUCGUGGGGGACGCCCAUUUCCUGGGGGACGGGCUGUGGAACCUUGCGCUGGAUUGA